GUCUCUUGCCCCUGCAGCCAGCCUCCAGCUAUGGCGAUCCUGUUUGCUGUUGUAGCCAGGGGCUCCACCAUCCUGGCCAAGCACGCGUGGUGUGGAGGAAACUUCCUGGAAGUUACAGAGCAGAUCCUGGCCAAGAUACCUUCCGAAAACAACAAGCUCACCUACUCCCACGGAAAUUAUCUGUUCCACUAUAUCUGUCAGGAUCGGAUUAUAUACCUCUGCAUCACAGAUGACAACUUCGAGCGCUCCCGCGCUUUCACAUUCCUGAAUGAAAUCAAGAAGCGGUUUCAGACCACCUACGGUUCCCGAGCACAGACCGCCCUGCCGUACGCCAUGAACAGCGAGUUUUCCAGUGUUUUGGCAGCCCAGCUGAAAUAUCACUCUGAGAACAAAGGUCCUGACCAGGUGGUAGAGACACAGGCUCAGGUAGAUGAGCUCAAAGGGAUCAUGGUCCGCAAUAUAGAUCUCGUGGCUCAAAGAGGAGAAAAGCUGGAACUGCUGAUAGACAAAACGGAAAAUCUUGUGGAUUCAUCUGUCACUUUCAAAACGACCAGUAGGAACCUGGCCCGAGCAAUGUGCAUGAAGAACCUCAAGCUCACCAUCAUAAUUGUCAUCGUAUCAAUUGUCAUCAUUUACAUCAUUGUGUCGGCUGCCUGCGGGGGCCUCUCCUGGCCAAACUGUGUGUAGAAAUAGCUGUCUGAGCCAAUCCACCACAUGAAAGCACACACACACACGCACAGAGGAAUGUAUGUCAUCAAAUGUGGACUUUCACACUCUUCAUCCUUCCAGGACAGACACUUGAGUCUUUUUUGCCUUAUCACCUUGUAAGGACAUGGGUCUACCCCUUCAAACACCCAAAGGUGGUUCUUCUCUGAAAACAGCAGGACUACCUGAAGGGAGAAGAGGAGGGCGUUGGACAAACGGGAGGUUCUAAGUAUCUGCAUUAUCAUGCUUUGCACUUUACUGUCCUUGAGUGCUGCUGGAGCAGGUUGGGGGGAGCUGAAGGCCCCAUAAACCUUAGGUUGAGAUGUGAGUGGGGGACCACCGAAGUCGACCGAGUUCUUAUUCACAGACCUAGCCCAGAGAUGUGAUCAGCUCUUAACUAAAACGGCUUUUUCCCUGCGGUGCCUUUCUUAAUACCCAUGACAGGCUGUGGCUUUUUCUUCAAAGCUUCCUUUGUGGCUCUUUUGUUGAAGGGGGUUCCACCUUUCAACUCGGGUGACUGGUAAAUGUAUAGUAUUAAUAUUGCUGUAACAUUGCUGCUACUUGUAAUUUUUGUGUCUUGGGUUUGUCUUCUCGCCUCGUUUGGAACGUCCUUUCAAACCAUACGGUAGUUCACGCUGGCUUCCUCUCCUGAGGUGUGUCUUAAAAGCUGCUUUAGCACGUCCAAAGGGAUCACGCUCCGUGCAGGAUUAGUGACUGCCCUCUUCUCUUUGAGCACAGUGGAGCUAUUGUGCCUAGCUCAGAAACAGAGGCAGGUAUUGUCUGAAUGGGAUCCCAAGCUACUGAUUUUCCAGGGAAAAGUUAGAGAGAAGUAUGAAGUAUUGGAAAACCGACUUUUAAUCUAAAACUGUGUAAAUUACUUGUGAAAAACUUUAAACCCCCCCCCCCCCAUUCGUGCAUAAUGUAAAUGAGGACGAAUCUUAACUGGGAAGAUUCUUAAAUCUUCCCCCAGUGUUGGUAUUUUAGGAUCUUAUUCUAGUUUUCUAAGUAGUCUCUGCUUGCUCUCCUCAGCAUACUGCAGAGAGCAAGACUGGUGUGUCUUAUCCUUGUUUCCUACAGUCAUGGUCUUCUCCAUCAAAAUGUCUUUGCAGGAACAAGCCAACACUGAAUUAAUUGUGCAUGUUUUUUUUUUAAAAAAUGUUAAUAGCAAUGGUUAAUUUUCUAUCAUUUUGAAUGCCUUUAUGUAAGCGGCUUCCUCCUGUUUUAAUAAAAUGCACUGAUGCAUUCUUGUAAAAUAAAGUUAAAUCUGUUUAAAUAAAUGUACUUAACUGCA